CAUUUAAGAUGUUUUCUGAUUGGUUCAAAUUCGUCAAGCUUGACCCAACUGAUGAAAGUAGAAAGUAUAUAAAACAGCACUUCUUGGUGGUCAUGCGAACCUUGCGCUUGAGUUAAAGUUAGACUGAUCUAAAAGACAAACUAGUUCAAAAUGAUUAAAUCACUUGGCGUCUUGGCACUCUUGCUAUGGACCAGUGGCCUUGUAGCAGCCCAAGAUUUCACUCCCGAUGACCUCCUGGCAGACGGAGAGGUUGUUCUGGGGGAGAAAGCCGACUCCGACUUCGAUAAUUCGAUUACACCGAAGGACGACCAACCACGUGAACAGCCGAACGAAGAUGAAGUCAAGAGACUCUACACCCAGCAGUACGAAAAAGGCACCAUAGAUACGGUAGCUGAUCCGGUCUCCGGCUGUCCGGCUAGUGAUGACGGCACAGUGGGUGACCUCACGCUGCCGGCAGACGAGAGUGUGUACUGGCAGUUUCUGCAGUACACAGAAUGGUACAAGGACUAUAAAUUCUGCUGUCCGGCAACCCAGAAAUACCAGUGCCAGAACGGAGUGCUGACCUACAUGCCCUGCUUCAGUACCUACUACAAGAAGUCAAAAGUCUGGUGCUGCCCCAUUGGGAAAAUCCCCAUCGCCAACUGUAACUGUAGCAAAUGUUCAGUCCUGAAGGAGGAUUGUGUUUACACAGGAACCUGCCGCAGGGUGUACAGGCUACAGACCUUCACUGCCGUCUGCUACGACACUUGGUGGGGCUACAUCCUCAAGUUUAAGAAAUACCUGCCGUCAAGAUGCUACUGUGACCUGGGAUGUCUAGAGAAGUAGAUCACAGGUUGACCUAAACACCUGAAUGUUCAACUGUGUAACCUAAUGCUAAACUCUGUCACCGAAAGUUAAACAAUGUAAUCUAACUAAACUUUUAUACUUUACUGCUAAAAAAACAUACAAUAAAUAUAAAUACAAAUGGUAGCUGCAUUAAAGAAACACUAAAAAAAUAAAAGUAAACUUAACAUGCUCAUAUUAAAGAAACACACUCAUAUUAAACAAAGCACUAAAUAUAAUAAAUACCCUCAUUUUUAACCAAACACACUCAUUUUAAACCCAUUCAUAACAAACACACUAAUUUUAAAAUACACACACUACUAUUAAACACACUAUUUUUAAAAUACACAAACUAACAUUAAACACACUAAAGGUAACAUUAUAUACCAUGAAGUAACAAAAAACGCCCCCUACCCCUCAAGCCGAUUUCCCCACUAAAGCGAACAAAAUUCUUUAAGAUUGUUUACCUCCCUUAGUCCACAUCUUGAAGGUGUUUUGUGGUAAUAUCAAUUUUCUAUUGUCCCCUCUGUCGUCGUCGUCCCCCCCCCCCCAUCCCCCCG